AUGGCUAGCCAAGAACAUAGCGAUCAACUUGAUGAAAAGCAACAUCCUAUAUUAGCCACAGCUCAAGAAGAGAUCACUUCAAAUACAUCUUCCCACGAUAAUGUUCAUAUCGCUCAGAAACAUGAAAAUAAAGAUGAUAUUGAGGCUGCGCAAAGAACUGAAACGAGAGAUAAACGCACGAGGAGAUCCUUAGAUCUAAGAAGAACCGCUAGUAAUGUACUUACACACGCGGCCUCGCACCUUACUACGAGGUCAUGGCCAGAACCACCUCCUCCGCCAGAUGGUGGUACAACUGCAUGGGUGCAAGUCGCAAUGGGGUGGCUUGUUAUCUUCACAACUUGGGGAUGGGUCAACUCCUUUGGUAGCUUCCAGACUUACUACACAUCAACGCUACCGCAGUCUCCAUCAACUAUAUCUUGGAUUGGGUCUGUGCAAAUAUGGUUUUGCUUGGUGAUUAGUGUUUUCUCCGGACGUCUCCUAGACGCCGGUCUAUUCAUUCCGACCUUCUUGGUUGGCGCAGUGAUUCAAGUGCUUGGCAUCUUCUUAAUGAGCAUCUCGACUCAGUAUUGGUCGCUGAUGCUGACUCAAGGCGUAUUGACGGGCAUAGGAGCAGGGAUCUUUUUCACUCCAUCCCUUGCCCUUGUCGCGACGUAUUUUAAUAAGAGGCGUGCCCUUGCAGUUGGACUGGCGACAACAGGAAACUCAGCUGGUGGUAUUGUUUAUCCGGUUGUUGUCAGGCAGUUGAUUCCAACACUAGGAUUUGCUUGGACAACAAGAGUACUGGCUUUUAUUAAUCUCGGUUGUCUUUCUAUCGUACUUGUAUUCAUGCGUCCACGUCUACCUCCUAGGCGAUCCGGGCCCAUAAUCGAUUUUGCAGCCUUUCGCGAUUCUGCGUACAAUGGUGUCGUAGCUGGCAUUUUCUCACUGAUGAUGGCUAAUUAUUUCUCUUUUUAUUACAUUGCCUCAUUUGGCAGAGAAGCCCUUGGCCUCUCAUAUUCAACCGCUUCGAUCAUGAUCAUCCUUAUUAACGGAGCAGGCAUCCUCUUCCGAGUUAUACCGCCAAUAAUUGCUGAUCGAGUUGGUCCAAUUAACGUAAUGGUUCCCGUUACACUUGCAUGGGCGAUCGUGGCGUUUUGUUGGCUUGCGGUUGACAAUGUACCUGGCUUAUAUGUCUUCGCCUGCUUCUAUGGUAUAUGUGCUGGUAGUUUUCAAUGCUUAAUUGCUACCGCUGUCACCAGUAUUACCAAAAGACUUGACAUGGUUGGAACACGGCUCGGGAUGGCUUUCAGCAUUUCUUCAUUUGCUUCCUUAACAGGACCGCCAAUUGGAGGUGCCAUCCAAGCAGCCAAUGGCGGUAAGUUCGUAGGUGCACAGGUAUGGGCAGCAACGAUGACUACUAUCGGUUUCUUCUUAUUUCUUCUCGUGAGAGUGCAAAAGGCUGGAUGGAACCCUAAGGUGAGGUUUUGA